CGGGCUUCAGCUUGCGAGUUGGAAACUGAAAGUGAAACGACCUUAUUUUCUGCUGCGGAAGAAGCAGUAGGAAAAAUAACUAGAGCACACAUACUGAUAAGAGCAUUUCUUCAGAUAUGAUCAUCUGACUGUUGAUAACGUCUGAAAAGAAGCUUGGGAUAUAUCUGGUCUGGCAGAAUUCCUUUCCAGCAAAACAAGUAUUUCUCCAACCAGUUGUGUCUGUCCUCUCGUCGUUACCUGCUUUGUUCCUUGCCAGCGCUUCCUCGCAGAGCAGCAGCCACACACGAUGAACCCACUGAUACAAAAUACAGCUAGCUAAACAGCUAUAAAAUGCCCAAAUUUGCAUCUACAAAAACAGUUCAAAUAGAAAAUUCGGACAGUGAUAGCACCAUGGUGGAAAAACCAACUGCAAGAAAGAGCAAGGACAAGAUUGCAUCCUACAGCAAAACUCCAAAAGUGGAUAGGAGUGAUGUGGGGAAGGAGAUGAAAGAAAAGUCUUCCAUGAAACGUAAACUUCCUUUUACUAUUAGUCCAUCCAGAAAUGAAGAUCGCAAUUCAGACACAGAGAAGGAAGGUCCGGAGAAAAAGAAAACGAAGAAGGAUGCUGCAAACAAGAAAUCAGCACCAGUUAGCAUCCUUUUUGGUUAUCCUCUGUCAGAGCGCAAGCAGAUGGCACUUCUCAUGCAGAUGACAGCAAGAGACAACAGUCCAGAUUCCAACUUAAAUCAUUCCUUACAAACACCAGCACAGAAGAAAACUCCAACUUCCUCUUCAAGACAAAAAGACAAAGUUAACAAAAGAAAUGAACGAGGGGAAACUCCUUUACAUAUGGCAGCAAUUAGAGGGGAUGUUAAACAAGUUAAAGAACUCAUCAGUUUAGGUGCAAAUGUGAAUGUAAAAGAUUUUGCAGGUUGGACACCACUGCAUGAAGCUUGCAAUGUUGGUUACUAUGAUGUUGCUAAAGUCCUGAUAGCAGCAGGAGCUGACGUGAACACGCAGGGCUUGGAUGAUGAUACUCCACUUCAUGAUUCUGCUAGCAGUGGGCAUAGAAAUAUUGUGAAGUUGUUGCUUCGACAUGGUGGAAAUCCAUUUCAAGCCAAUAAGCAUGGGGAGAGACCUGUUGAUGUCGCUGAAACUGAAGAGUUGGAAAUGCUAUUGAAAAGAGAAGUGCCUAUCUCUGAUGAUGAGGACAGCUGCUCAGAAUCUGAAGAAGCUCCAUCUGUAAAUCUUUCCAGUGUAGAGGGGAACGUUGAUUCAGAAGUAGAGAAAGACUCUGUAGCCAACGAAAACAAACAAACGGUCCCUAGUAAGGCACCACUUCCAUCUGCUCAUGAUGAGUAUGAGUUUAAAGAUGAUGAUGAAGAUGAAAUGAAAAAAAUGAUUGAUGACAGACAUAUUCUUAGAAAAGACGUAAGGAAAGAGGAUGAGCCUGAAGUUGAAAAGAACAGCUUAUUUGUGAAACAGGAAAAGGUUGUCAUUUCAAAAUCACUUAAAAACAAGAAACAGAAACCAUCUAGAGUUUUGUAUUCAAGUUCUGAAAGUUCAGAUGAAGAAAUACUUCAGGACAAGAAGAUAGUCUCUCCUUGCUCUAUUUCAGAGACAUCAAAUUCUGAUGUAAGAGUGAAGAAGGAAUAUAUUGUUACAAAUGAACACAAACAAAAAGGCAAAGUUAAAAGGAAAGUAAAAAAUCAGAGUAAAAAUAAAGAGAAUCAAGAACUAAAGCAAGAAAAAGAAAAUGCUAGAGUAACAAAUAUAGCUGCUUCUGUUUUAGAUUCUUUAGAUAAAACUAGAGAGGAAGAAACUUUUAAGAAGUCUUUCAGCCCAAAAGAAGAUUCUUCUUUACACCUAUUUCACAUUACUGCCGGCAAAUCUCCUAAGCAUCCCUGUGGAUUAAGUGAAAAGCAAGCAACAGCAUUAAAGCAAGAAAACACCAAAACUUGCUUAUCACCAGGAGGCUCUGAAAUAACAUUGCAAUCCGAAUUAGUUCGGUAUGAUCACAACACUGAUUCUGACUAUCUGGUAGAAAGUUCUAGUGGCAAAUCUUGCAAGCAUAAAGAAAAAAGCAAGCAUCAUCAGAAAGAUUUUCAGUUAGAAUUUGGUGAAAAAUCUAGUCCUAAAAUUAAAGAUGAAGAUAAUAGCCCAACGUUUGAGAACUCAGAGUAUACCCUGAGAAAGAUUGACAAGGAAGGUAAAGCAUUUAAAAAGCAUAAAUUAAAGCACAAAGAAAGAGAAAAGGACAAGCACAAGAAGGAGCAGGAUGGGGAAAAGGAAAAACAUAAACACAAAGAUAAAGAAGUCCAAAGAAGUAUUGAGUUUGACAGAGAAUUUUGGAAAGAGAACUUUUUCAAAAGUGAUGAAACUGAUGAUAUGUUGUUAAAUAUAGAACAUGAAUCUCUUUCUUCAGACAGAAAAUCAAAGUUGGAAAAAGCUGUGUCAAAAGAAGACAAGGUAGUUAAGGAGAGACAGUUCCACAAGGAGAGAAAUGCUAGAGAAGAAAGAGAGAAAGAGAAGAGCAAAAAGGAAAAUGAGAGGUUUCUUAAGGAUGAAAAAAUAAAAGAUACAAAAGAAGAAAAGGAAAUUACGCUUGCAGAUAAAGAAAUGGAAUUGUUCUGCCUUAGUGUUAAAGAUGAGGUGAUCAGCAUGCACUUAAUAGAAAAGGAAACAGAUAGUGAAAAGCAAGAAAAGAAUUUAAAAGAAAAUAAAGAAAGGACUGAAAAGCGAACCUCAGCCAAAGAAAAAGAUGCUGACAAGAUGGAAAGAAAAAAUGCAGAAAAAGAGAAAAAAGUAAAACAUGAAUACAAGACAGAGAAAGCAGAAGUAAAUGAAACUGUAGAGAAAGGAAAGGAAAAGCCCAAUUUCCAGCAAGCAGAAAGAUGCCAUAAGGAAAACGAUAAAAUUAAAAGCACAGCUACUCUUAAAAAAACUGAUGACAAAGAAAAAAAUAAAGAAAAGGCUGAUAAGAAGCACGACAAAGAAAAAGUUGAUAAAGAAAAACAUUUGGCUGACAGCAAAGAAAAACACUGCAUUGAAAGAAAAGUGAAACAGUCUGAAAAAGAAUCUGAAUAUACUAAGUCAGAAAAAAAUAGAACUAAAGACAAAGAAAAGGAAUCUGAAAAAAAAGACAAAUCCAAAGACAAAGAGAGCUCAGCAGUGGCAAACUCAAAACACAUGCAAGAAGAAAGAAGAUGUAGUAUUACAGAAGGUAACAAAACAACGCAUGACAAAUUGUCGUCUUUGAAAGAAAAACCAAAAGACGAUUUGUUGAAAACUCCAGACGGUAGAGAGAAGGAUAAAAAAGAUAAAGACAUAGACAGAUACAAAGAGAGAGACAAACAUAAAGAUAAACUGCAUCAAAGUGGUUUACAUAAGCUAAAACUUGAACAUGAGAAACUUAAGCCUAAACCAUCUCCUGCACCAAAGGAUGCUCGGCCUAAAGAGAAAAGAUUAGUCAAUGAUGAUUUAAUGCAGACUAGUUUUGAAAGAAUGCUUAGCCUUAAAGAUCUGGAAAUAGAGCAGUGGCAUAGAAAACACAAAGAAAAAAUAAAACAGAAAGAGAAGGAGCGCUUAAGAAACCGCACUUGUUUAGAACUCAACAAGAUGAAAGAAAAACCCAAACAGUCAUUAGCUGAAGUGAAAAGCAAAGAACUGAUUCGUUCGAAAAGCUCAGAGCUGCCAGAUGUUUGCACGAAGGAAAAACAGCAGAAAGACGCUACAAGUAGUAGGUCCCAGUCAGUAGAUACAAGAAAUGUAAAUGUCAUAAGGCCUUUGUUGGUUUUAGAUAAUUUAAAUAAAUCCCCCAAAUCAGAAAGUGAGAAGAUGGGCCUGAGCUCCAAAUCGGUGUCCAUGGUUUCAGUUGCGAGCUCUGAGGAUUCUUGCCAUACCACAGUAACUACGCCAAGGCCUGUAAUUGAAUAUGAUUCAGAUGUCAUGCUAGAAGGUUCUGAAUCCCAAACGCCUUUUUCACAAUCGCCAUUUUUGGCAAGUGCCAAAUCACCAGCCCUUCUUGAAAGAGAGGCCGAUGGCAUUACCGAGUUGCCAGAUCGGAUUAAGCCGCCUUUCGCAAACAGGCUUCCACCAGCAUACAUUAGAUCGGCAUCUGUUGAAGACGUCAAACUGGUUUUAAAUGAGUGUAGACCUGUCGUAGAGGUUCGAAGAUGCAGCAUGCCCGCUGCUGUGCCUGAACACAACAGACAGCCUCGAAUAUCAGAAGAAAAUAACCAGAACCCUCAACUGUCGAUUCAGACAUACGCGAGCACUUCUCCUAAACCAGAACUACCAUGUAGCGUGCCCGAGAGAGACUUUCAGUGCAGUAUGUCUGGUUUGCAGUCAUCCCCAGCUGGAACUGGUAGCAACAAGCAGGUAACAGUGGGUACGACUACCAUUAAAAAUGUUGUUCAGAUGAGCCCUUCAGAAGAACGCAAUACGCAUUUAGAGCCAUGUAGUCAAAGUGGUGUGACUCAGCCAGCCAAACCGUGGGAUGUGCCUUUUGACAGACUUAAUUCAUUAAACAGUGAGUAUAACAGCUCAGGUUACAGUGUAUCAGAGCAAGAUACUAAUAAUGUUAUAGCAGUGCACAGUUCUGAAAACAGGACUUUAAAAGAACAAAAAGUAUCUGAAUUUUUGCCUCAGCAUGCUGAAAGCAAGGGAAAUUCCGGUUCUCAAGAAUCUGCAUCAUUUUUUCCUUCACAGUCGCCUUGUUCUUUACCUAUUCAGCCACUCCCAGAUAUGUCUAAACACAUUUCUUUACCAGGCAAUAGCAGUCAAGAUUCAUUAUUUGUACAACAACAAAGUGUAGUUCAAGCUGCAUCUUCUGCUUUGAGUACAGAUGCUAGUAGUACCAGAGAGAUGGAAAACAGUUUCUUCCCCUCAAACAGUAAGAAGCCUGAUGCACCUAUUGCUGUAUAUUCUGAGAGCUCUGUGAAAGCUACUUCACAGAGCUGUGAAAGGGUGAAUGAUUUACCUGUGGUAUUGUUAGAAAAAGAUAGUCCUGAAUGUGAUGGCAGUUCACAGUUAAAUGUAAAUUUGUAUGCAUUCAAUAAAGUUGUUUGCAAGAAUGCUCAGAUUGAAGCAGAUGGUAACACAGCAGAUAUUGCAGACAUUAGAAAUGAAAAAGGACAGCAAGAAAAUUUGGUUUCAGUACAUGUUGUUAAUAAUAAAGCUGACACUGAUCUCUGUGAACUAAGUUCAGGAAUGUCAGGAAUUGGGAACGAAUCAGCUAAUAAAAAACCCUGUGCUGAAGACAGAGACGAUGUGUUGACAGAUGAUCCACCACAGUACCCUUUAUCCAACUUGGAAAAUAGUUCACAACAGAUUAUACAGGAAGAGGUGCAUAAAUACAGCCAAAUAGUUAAACUAGAGGAAGAAAUUGCUGAGGAUCAGAAGGUGGAACAGCAAGAAGUACCUCAAAGAAUCACGAGAAACAGAGCAAAUUUGCUUGCAAACCAGGGCAAGCAGAAUCCUGUCAGCUGCAUGCAGACAUUAGAAAAGGAGACUGACUCAUCAGCAUCUCUGAAAGGAAGGAUUAGAUUAACUGAAGAUGAAGAUGCUCAGGUACAUCAUCCACGUAAAAGAAAGGUGUCUCGUGUGCCUCAGCCUGUGCAAGUGAACCCUUCUUUACUGCAAGCUAAAGAGAAAACCCAGCAGUCGCUGGCAGCUAUUGUUGAUUCUUUGAAACUCGAAGAGAUUCAGCCAUACAGUUCCGAGAGAGCAAAUCCGUAUUUUGAGUACUUGCACAUAAGGAAGAAGAUAGAAGAGAAGCGUAAAUUACUGUGCAGUGUUAUUCCUCAGGCACCUCAAUAUUAUGAUGAAUAUGUGACCUUCAAUGGAUCGUAUCUACUGGAUGGCAAUCCCUUGAGCAAGAUAUGCAUUCCAACUAUUACACCACCUCCCUCGCUAUCGGACCCUCUUAAGGAACUGUUUAAACAACAGGAGGUUGUAAGGAUGAAGCUACGCUUACAGCACAGUAUCGAAAGGGAAAAGCUUAUUGUUUCUAAUGAGCAAGAAGUUCUACGCGUUCAUUAUCGAGCAGCAAGAACUCUGGCUAAUCAAACACUACCAUUCAGUGCCUGCACUGUUCUGCUGGAUGCCGAGGUGUAUAAUGUGCCUCUGGAUGCUCAGGCUGAUGACAGCAAAACAUCAGUGAGGGAUCGAUUCAACGCGAGACAGUUUAUGUCGUGGUUACAGGACGUUGACGAUAAGUUUGACAAAUUGAAGACGUGCCUUUUGAUGAGGCAGCAGCAUGAAGCAGCAGCUUUAAACGCAGUACAAAGACUGGAGUGGCAGCUUAAACUGCAAGAACUUGAUCCUGCUACUUACAAAUCUAUCAGCAUUUAUGAAAUUCAAGAGUUUUAUGUUCCUCUUGUUGAUGUUAAUGACGACUUUGAAUUGACACCAAUAUGACAACUCGUAUCUUCUGGCCCUUCCCAUGGAAAACUAGAGACUGAGGUGCAGUGAUACACAAGGUUUUGUUUGUUUGUUUAAGACGGGGCACUUAAUUCUGUGGAAUACUGCCUUUCUUAAUAAUUCAGGUAUUCCUUCAGAAAAAUGUUGUGUGGGGUCUUGUUCGCAAUACAGAAGACGGAUGCUAACUUUGAAGUCAGUUUCCCAGUAAAUACCAUUAUCUGUAUUUUAAAAAUGCUUACAGCUUUAGAGCUUAUUGCUGAAAAAGAUGACGAAACAUGGUGAGUUAACAGCGCUGGAAGCUGUUAAUAACAAAAACAGCCACCAAAAAAAAAAAAAAAACUAAAAUCUGCUAUAAAGCUUUGUAUAAUGAAAUUUCAGUAACAGUUGAACUCCCACAGAAAAAUGAUGAAAAAGCCUGUGGAAGACAAUAUAUGACUUGGAGGAAAAUAGUCUAUUAAUCUUAUUAUAUUUUGUAAAUUACUGUACAGUUUUCUUUUUUGGGAAAAAAAAAAGAUGUAAUAUUGUCUUCAUUUUUAAAUAAUUUAUUUUAUACAUAUUGUGUAAAUGUAAAUAGUCUUGUAAUUAAUGUUCAAACCUGUAUAAUAUAGAUAUUUUAACUGUAAAACUGUUUUUGUCUAAUGUUUUAUUGGACCAAAGUUGUUGUUUUUAUUAAGUGUAGUGUGUUCCUGGUUGGCAGUUCUUUUUAAUAUGGCAUGUGUUUGAGUUGAGCUGAUUGUUUCAUCACCAUAACUGUAAAAGAAUUGAAACUGAACUGUAUUGCAUGCUUCACAGAACCCGUAACUCCUUUACUUCAGUAACUGAUACCUAAACAACUGUAGCAUUUACAAAAAACAUAUUUCAUAUUAGUCUGCUGUUGUAAUGCCAUACCUAUGACUUACUAUGCUGAAAAUAUUUUUGUGUAAAACAAAAACAACAAAAACACGACAAAAAAAAUUCUCUUAUAUGGUGGUCUCGUAAUAGAGCCUAUUUUUUCCAACAAAAUGCCUUUGAAUGAAAAUUCUUAAAUUGUAUAUUGUCUAUUUUAAUAAUCUAUGGAAGGAUAUGUAAAUAUGUGUAAAUACAAUGUUUAAUAAAUUUUAUUGGUCAUGUUA